AUGAAAGAGGAUUUGUUUGCUGUUGAGAGCUUCCUUCGAGAUCAUCCAGAGGCAAUAAACAGAAAGAUAACACGGAGGGGAUGGACGGCCCUUCAUCUUGCUACUUCAACGGGGAACAUAAAGCUUGUGGAGAAGCUAGUGAGGUUGAUGUCAGAAGAAGACUUGGAAAUGGUCAAUCGUUUUGGGGCGACUGCUCUACACCUUGCUGCUGCUAUUGGAGCCACUAGGAUUGCGGAGUUGUUGAUUACUAAGAACAAAAAGUGUAGUUGUAUUUAUGAAUGGAGAGAUGAGAUUAAAAAGUUGUUUAAUGAAUUGAUGGAAGGAAUUCAAGUCCAACCAACUGCUGCACCUCCAAGUGAUUUUCGAAAAACCAUCGAGGAGAAUAUUGACAAAAUGCAGCAAAACAAUAUUUUACUACAAGAACUGAAGCAAAUUUAUGACAUGAAGUUGACCCGCUCCUAUGCUCUGGAAAUUUUACAAUGUAUAUCAAAAGAAAUUUCUACUAUACCUGAUUUGGUGAUCCCCGAAAUAGUAGUAGAUUUGGCUCUCUUUAAAGCUGUUGAGCAUGGGAUAAUUGAAAUAGUUAUUGAGAUCAUUAAAGCCAAUCCUGCCUUAUUGAAUCAACGAGUUGAUUUUCAAAAGGGCAUCAUUCAUGCUGCAAUACUUUUUCGACAAGCAAAAGUUUACAACCUUGUAUAUGCAGUUGGCAAGCAGAAGCGUUUUUUACUUGAUGGAAUCUAUGAGCAUGAGAAUAACAUAUUACAACUUGCAGCCAAGUUAGCACCUCCAAAUCUACUAGCUCGUAUAUCAGGUGCAGCUUUGCAAAUGCAAAAAGAGCUACAAUGGUAUAAGGAAGUGGAAAGUGUUGUAGACCCUACAUUCAAGCUAGCAGUCAACAAUUAUGGUGAAAAACCUAGCCAAUUGUUUACCAAUAGCCAUAAGCAGUUAAUGGAAGAAGCAGAGAAAUGGAGAAAGGAGAUUGCAAAUUCUUGUACUGUUUUAGGUGCUUUUAUCAUUACAAUUAUGUUUUCUGUUGCAUUUACUGUUCCUGGAGGUAACAUUCAAGAUAGCGGCUAUCCAAUAUUUUUACGUGAAAAGGCAUUCAAGUUAUUCAUAACAGCUGAUGCAGUUUCUCUAUUUGCGGCCUCUACUUCAGUAUUAACGUUUUUAGGAAUCAUGACUUCACGUUAUGCAGAAGAGGAUUUUCUCGAGUUAUUGCCUAAAAAGUUAAUCAUUGGUCUUUCUACCCUUUUCCUCUCUAUUGCAGCCAUGAUGAUUGCAUUUUGUGCUACUCUUAUAAUAAUGCUUGAUGGAGAUUUGGGACUUAUCAUUCCUAUUGUUUUGAUGGCUAGUGUUCCAGUUGCAGUUUUCAUAUUUUUGCAAUUUCCUCUCCUUGUUGAUAUUUUCACAUCCACAUAUGGACCAGGCAUGUUUAAUAAAAAAAUGAAGCCUCUGUUCGAAAAAGAUCCUGGCUCUGCAUAG